UGUAUUGGCCGUUUCCAGCUCGUUUUUGGCGGGUAGUGAUAUUGGCGGUACGCUACGGUGUUCGUUGGUCGUUCGUUGUCUCUACGUCCGAGUUGUUCCGUUAAGAAUGGCUGGCGGUAAAGCCGGGAAAGACUCUGGAAAGGCGAAAGCCAAGGCGGUCUCUAGGUCGGCCAGGGCUGGACUUCAGUUUCCUGUAGGACGUAUCCACCGGCACCUGAAGAACCGCACUACCAGUCAUGGUCGUGUGGGGGCCACUGCAGCUGUUUACAGUGCGGCCAUUUUGGAGUACCUGACUGCUGAGGUGUUGGAGUUGGCUGGCAAUGCUAGCAAGGACUUGAAGGUGAAGCGUAUCACUCCUCGCCAUCUUCAGCUAGCCAUCCGUGGCGACGAGGAGCUUGACUCCCUCAUCAAGGCAACCAUCGCAGGUGGUGGUGUGAUCCCUCACAUCCACAAGUCGCUGAUCGGCAAGAAGGGAUCCCAGAAGACGCCUUAAGUCUAUACGUCAUUAUGCGAGCACUCACACACUAAAAAUAAGGCUGCAAGCAUUGCUCCUUUUUCGACCAGGUGUCCACAUUUCUUUCAUAUAUAUAUUCAGCUCAUUUGAAUACUACAUCCACAUAUAUUUCGUGCAGUUUGGUAUUAGUACGUGAAGUGUCACGUAGCAUGACUUUACAUGUCUGCAACACCACCAUCAUGUUGUGUAUCAUAUGUUCUGCUUCGUUGUGAAUAAAAGUUCUGUAAGGAAA